AUGGCUCGGCUGGAAACCACCAGUGACCGAUCAAAUGUCUCAGCUUACAGUCCAGACGAAAGUCCCCUGAAUGGAAAUGUUGCUAGAUUCUCCACACUGCCAAACAUGAAGGCUAAAGGAAAGAAAAUUUCUAAACAGGUUGCUGAGUUUGAGCAUAGGAUUGGUGAACUGCAAGGGCAGAUCAACGAGAAGGAAUCCAUGUCACUUUAUUGUGCUAACAAGCUGGAUAAAGAAAAUUCAGUGCACUUUCAGUGUGAGCAGUGUGAGAUUUUGCAGCAGUCUUUUGAGAAUGAGGAUGAAAUAUUACUGGCAAUAGCUGGAAUAAAACAGGUCAGAGAUGUCUUGAAAGGAACACUCAGAUUCUCCCAAAUGGAGGAAGAAGACAUGAAAUCCCAAGAUAACCACCACGAGACAGAAAAUAACUCCUCCUCCGAGACAACUCAGCAAGAGCCGCGAGAUAGGCAUAGGAUGGGAUCUAACGCAAAAAAGGGUGGGGUCUUCUACAUGAGCAGUGAAGAAAAUUCAGAAAAUGCUGAGUCCCCUUCUGAGGGCCCCAUUCCUGUAGUGACCCCUCGGAAGGGGUCAAUCAGGAAAGAGGCUCAGAUUGCCAAGGAAGACAAGAGAGAAUUUGAACUGAGUGACUGUGUUCCGAGUGGAGGGAGAAAGACCGGAGCAGGUGGAAUGAAGUCUGCUGUUGAUGUCACAGAAAAAACUCACCCAUUAGAGAGUAGUCCAAACCCCCUAUAUAAUUAUAGAUGUUCAGUAGAUUCUGUUUGAUAUCUAGCAGUAAAUAUUGUCAAAAGAAGAGAUUUCUCUGUAUAACUGUAAAUGUUUGGUAAAUUCUGUGCAAUUAAAUUAGAUAUUAUCAUUAGAAAGCUAACUGCUUAAGUUAUUUGAAUGAUAAAUCAAAUCUUCAAUGGCAAAUUUUUUUUUCAAACAAUACAUGUUGUUAGAUUAGACACACUCAUAAUGUUUUCUGUAAUCCUCCAUAAUUUAGGCUAGAGGACAUUCCAUACAUCUGAAGUCCAUGUACAUGUAGUUUUCCCAGAGGGCCAUGUUCUGUUUUCUCUUAUUAGUAAUCAGUGGAUAAAUGAAUGUUUAAAAUUAAUUUGAAAAAUACGAAAGUCAGGUCACAGUCACAUGUACAUAUUUGUAAAUAAUUUUCUGUCAGUAUUUAUUUGAAUUUCCCACCACACAGCUUACAGACAAGUUUUCCAGUGUAUAUCCCUCAGACAAUCAGACUGAUGCAAAAAGAAUUGUUUACACAAAAUAUUUCACAGAAAUACAUUCAUCAAUUUCCUUUUUCAUUUUAUUACGGGUUACAAUAAUUUCAGCUUGGGUCAGAAAUCUUGCACUGUUCAUACAUGUUGUCUUGCAUUGUACAUGGCUUAAAUGAUUUAACAAUGUCUGUUUUGUGAUAUAUAUACAUUUAGUGAGUUGACAUUUUUCUAAUUUUUUUAAGGAUUAAUCCCCUUCUCUGGUCAUUGACUGCUGACAAUGUGAUUUCAAUUUAAUUAUUAUGUUGAGUGCUUCAACUUUUACUCAUUAAUUUAAGGCAUCGUGAAUGGUCAGAUAGAUGCAUGGCAAUUAUAUAAAAAAUUAGAGAGCAUUAAAUAUACAGUAGGAUUUCAGUAUCUUGAAACAUGGAUAUGUCAAAGUUAAGUCACAACCACUUUACGAAUGUAAACCUUAGUUUCUCAUUCAGUUUUGAAGUUUUUCUGCACAGACUCAUCCAAUUAAAGAUCACAAAGUAAUUAACCUACAUAACUAACAUGUGUAAUAUUCCAACAUAAUACCAUUGAGAAAUAUUGUGAAUCCAAUCCAUUGAUGGUUUUGAAAUUUUUACAGUUUGUUUGAACAUUCAAAUGCACAACUUAAAUUUUUCUCCCCCCCAAAAAAUCUAAAAUUUCUAAGGACUGAGACUUUUUCUGUAAUGACACAUACGAUACCUCCACCC